UUACGCGUUGUUAAUAAUUUUAUAAAUAAAACAUCGGCGAGCAUAACUAUUUAUAGCAUUCAUGAAAUGAGACUGAAUUGCAUGAUAAAUGAUGAAGGGGAUGGAACUGGAACGUAUUUUAGGCGGCCAGAUUUUAUGUCUUGGCUGCUUCAUUCUAGGAUAUCACUCCGGCAAUAUGGAUUCUCAUCUAGCUCAGAAAUAUUUACAAAUAAUAGCUUCCAUAAUAGCCAAACUACUAGCAAGCCAGGGCUUUGAACUAGCCUGUAUUGCCAUUUGUAGUGCAGUAAAGCAUAAGAAGCUGCCUGUGUUCAAGCUAAAGGACAAGUACAAACUCUCCUUGUAUGUGCUGCUGUUGACUACACCACUCGCCAUGUCCUGUGGCCACUCAUUACUAAGAGAAGAGUUUCUGAUGUUAUGGGUUGCUUAUGCUCUAGUCAGAUAUUUACAAUUGAAGUGCCAACCGGCAACAAUAACAUAUGGUGAGGCACUGGCAUGCAGCUUCGCAGAAGGCUACCUGUUCCAAGUGAUUCCUCCUGGUGGCGACUACGAGGGUUUGGUGGAAGCUAUAAGGGCUGCUGCGAUGUCCCGGCGCGCGGUGUUCCCAGUGCGGCGGCUGUUUGUGGUGUUCCCGCGCUCCCUGCACUGUCCGCGCAGCCUCGAAACCUUCAACAAGAACGAUGAACGCCUGCCGCGCUUGGAGCAAUGCACUAGCCUCCCUGAUAUAAGUCGCGACGUGGCGGGCGUGUGUAACCGCGUGUACCGCAACACGGUGUACAAGAUCCGGCGGUACCCGACCGACCCGCGGCCGGUGCACGUGGUCUGCGCCACUCCCAUCAACACGCUGUGGAUGGUGCUGCAGAAGCGAGCCGUUUACACGCCGAUGGCGAAGGCGGACGAGGAAGAAAUCGCAGCGUCGUUCUGCGCCACGCUACCGAGCAUCGUCCGCAAUAGCCCAGAGCUGCGGGACAAGUGCCACCUGGUGUACUAUGACGACGCAAAUCCUAAUGCGAAUUUAGCCGAAACACUGUUGGCGAAGAUUCGGGAGAUUGAGCCAAACUAUGAGAACCUUUCCUGGGACCAGUGAUAAUAUUAUAAGCUAGGUAGCGAUGCUAGUUGCCUACAA